AUGUCGCAGAGUUGUGUUAUGUCUUUGGUCUCUGCUAAUGUUAUGAGGUCUUUCUUUAUACACUCAUACAAGUCUAAACCAUGUCCCACACGGUUAAUAGCAGCAUCGAAAUCAGUUAAACCGGUCAGAAGGUUAAUGUCCUUGACCUACUCUCUUCCCCGGUUCGAUUUCGUUGGCCAAACCGGUUCACCUGAAAUUCAAUUUCCAGGUGGAUCCCCCUCGGAGGAAGAGUUACCUUCACGACCGAGCAGAGGACCAGAGUGGGCCCCGUUAGAAGUCCCAGAACUUCCUAACAUACCGGAGAUAAACCCGUCGGAAACUCCUCCAGAAGUCACAACGAUACCUAGCGACCCACCACCGGUUGGACCGCCGCAAAAUCCAGGCCCUGAGUUUCCGGUCCCACCGCUUCCAUCUCCACCGAUGCCAGAUACACCAAAUCCUCCAGCUCCGGAAAGACCUCCUGAUGUGGUGCCUCCAAACUGGGAACCGCCACGUCCACCGGAAAUUCCCCCGCCGGGAAUAGACCCACCACCGCCUAUGGGCCCCACUAUUAUAUAG